AUGCCGGCAAUAGACGCACCUAAGGAGCUUUCGAAGCUUCCCGCCCCGGACCGCUCAAGCCCCAUCUUCUCGCCCGAGGAGGCGACGGUGAUCUACGUGCUCGGCGGCCCGGGCUCGGGAAAGGGCACGCAGUGUGAGAAGCUGGUGCGGGAUUAUGGGUUCAAGCACCUGAGCGCGGGAGAUCUGUUGAGAGAGGAGCAGGACAGGCCCGGCAGCGAGUUCGGCGAGCUCAUCAAGAGCUACAUCAAGGAGGGCCAGAUCGUGCCGAUGGAGGUGACGGUGCAGUUGCUCGAGAACGCCAUGAGGGCUGCGAUCGACGAGGAGGGGAAGCGCUUCCCACGCAAAAUGGACCAGGCGCUCAAGUUCGAGGAGGCGGUGUGCAAGUCCAAGUUCACGCUGUUCUUCGACUGCCCGGAGGAGGUGAUGCAGGAGCGGCUGCUGAAUAGGGGCAAGACGAGUGGCAGGUCGGAUGAUAAUGCCGAGAGCAUCAAGAAGCGGUUCAAGACGUUUGUUGAGACGAGCAUGCCGGUUGUGGAUUACUUUGCCAAGGAGGACAGGGUCGUGGAGAUCAAGGCGGUCAAAAGUCCGGAGGAGAUUUAUGAGACUGUCAAGGAGAAGCUGAAGGAAAGGGGGAUUGAGCCGCUGAAGUCUUAG